GCCAUGGCUUCGCUCUCUAUCCCUUCACUCCUCUCUUCCUCUCAUCUUCAUCUCCAUCUCCGCUCCCAACCCCGAUCCCAAACCCUAACCCUAACCCUAGCUCGCUUUUCGCCACUACGUCGCCGUUUCAUUCCUCUCCGCCUCCCAUCUCCGCCCCUCACCACCCUCUCCGAUGACUCCUCGACCUCCCCCGUCACCGACAUCGUCGAGCGCGAUUGGUCCUUCCUCGAGCCUAAUCAGACCCUGCUACAUGAAGCCGACAGGAUCAUCGCCGCCGCUGGGUAUCCGGCCUGACUCCAAGGUCCUCACCGUCAUCCCAAGUGUGGGAUUUGUCAACCGCCUCGUGGAGUCUUUCCCCUGCGAGCUCUUGGUGGCGACCCAUGAGUCGCUCUUGGUUCUGGCGACGAUCAAGGAGAACCACGACAGUGUAAGGUGUUGGCAAGGCGGGAUCGACGCCGUGCCGGAGCGAUUCGGGCCGUUCGACGUGGUUUUCUUGUGUUACUUCCCCGCGAUGGGCGUUUCAAUCGAUCAAGCAUUGGGUUAUUUGGCGGCAAGAUGUUCUGAAGAUGCAAGGCUGGUCAUCUGCUAUGAGCAAGGGAGGACAAUCAUUGAGCAACAACAUCGACAACUGUAUCCAGAUUUGGUAACAUCUGUAUUGCCCCAUAGAGUUUGUCUAGAGAAGGCGGCACCUAGCUAUUCUUUUGAGGUAACAGACUUUGUUGAUGAACCUAAAUUCUACCUUGCUGCCCUAAAGUUCUGUAAGGCAAGGGACACAGCUCAAUAAACUGAUCGUUAAGUUAAAGACAUGAUGUUCGCUGCUCGUUUUUGGCACUUUUAAAUCAUAUUUCCACUGGGUCUGCAGUGUAGGUAUAGUUUGUUUUGUUUUGGUCACCCUCACCCGGUGUUGCUCAGUUGCAUUUGUGUGAUUUCUAGGUGUAUCUGGGGAACUUAUCUCAAUCAGUUGCAUUUUUGGUGAUAAAUUAAUUGAA